CAUCGUAACAGUAAUUGCAGUAUAAUGUAGGUAAAUUAAUUUUGGUUUUUGAUUUAUUUAUUGUUUUCUGAACACGCAUAUUUUACCUUCAUUUGGCAUAUUUAAUCGAGGAGAUAAAUCUAAAGAAGAAUAAAUUGGAUCAAUAUUAGGAAAUAGUUUUGAACUCACAAGUUCUGUUUUAGUAAUAAACAUUUAAAUCCUUUCCAUAUUUGAUUUAUAAUAAAACCUUAAAUAUGAGUCUAUUAGAUUUAUGUAAACAAUAUUUUAACACAACUAAUUUAUAUGAAAUUCUACAAAUCGAUGAAAAAGCUUCAGAUAAAGAAGUGAAAAAAGCUUACCACAGACUAUCUCUGAAAGUUCACCCGGACAGGGUUAAAGAAGAAGACAAAUUAGAAGCUACUGAAAAGUUUAAAGUCCUUGGUGCUGUUCAUGCGAUUUUGUGUGAUAAAGAGAAAAGGGAGUUUUAUGAUACAACAAAGAGUGUGGAUGAUGGAGAGUACAAUAUUAUUAAAGACAGAAAUUGGACUGUGUACUGGCGAUUUAUGUUUAUAAAAAUUACAGAAGAAGAUAUUAAAGCAUAUGAAAAAGAGUAUAUAGGAUCUGAAGAAGAAAAGAAGGAUCUAAAAAAUGCAUAUCUGGCAGGUAAAGGUGACAUGGAUUAUAUUGUAGACCAAGUCCCAUUUGCGAGAUUAGAACAUGAAGACAGAUUAAAAGCAAUAUUAACUGAAAUGAUAGAUGAAGGAGAAAUCCCAGCUUAUAAAAUAUUUACUCAUGAACCAGCUAAAAAACGUCAACGUAGACAUGCCAAGGAAAAACGAGAAGCAGAAGAGUUUAAAAAAGAAUUAGGUUUAGUUGAAAAUAAUUUAGAAUUAAUGAUAAAAAAGAAACAAGAAUCAAGAGCAUCUCAAAUGAAUUCAUUUCUUGAUAAUUUUGCUGCAAAAUAUGGUGAAGGUAAACCAAAAGGCAGGAAACGUAAAGCUAAAGAAACCAAGGAAACCACCACCAAGAAACGAAAAUGAAGCUGCUCUUUUUAUUUUAAUUUUUUUAAUUGUUAUUCGUGUGUAAUAUAAUGUUUUCACCGAGCGGCCCGAUCGGGAAUAGACACAAUAGAUUUUCUAUUGUGUCUGUGAUUCCGGGGGCUGAGGUAUUGUUAUUUGUGUAAAAUAUAUAAUAAUAUGUUGUUUAUAUUUCACAUGUCUUAAUCUGUUUAAGACAUGUGAAAAAAUACUUUAUUUUAUUAAACAAAAACAAGUAUCCUCAAGAAUUUUCCAAAUAGCUGCUUUUAAGGUGCUUUUACACCAGGAAGUGCGUGGAUGCGUAUCAAGAGGUGUUUGUAAAGAACCAAUAGUGUUGACUUUGACACCGUCUGUAGUUUAGAAGCCGCGGCAAGUGGUGACGUAGCUGAAGUGCUAUCAGGUAUAAGAAACAGUAAAAAAAACGCAUAAACUGUUUCUUAUACGCCAGUUACAAAAAGAAUUGGUCAAUUAAUGAAGGUGCUAACUCCUAAUCCUAGUUUCGCAUUUGUUGUGAUAGCAGCAAUACCUACAUAAUCUCGUGGCAUAUUAACAUAGCACAUCUUUGGUGGAAAGGCAACCUAAUAAUUAGAAAAAAAUUCAAGCUUAGUCAAAUAUCAACCAUUAAAUAAAAAUAAAAGAGUGGAUUACUACA